AUGACCGAGAUCCUCAACAUCGGGAACAAGCCGAUCUUCGACGAUCGCAUCGUCAAGAUCGAGACUCACACGUACAAUCCGUUCGCCAACACAACGUUCGAACACAGCGACGAGAUAAGAAUACCCAUACAGCAACAAGAUCUGUACACGCUACCACAUGAAAAUUUUCUGUACAUCGAGGGCAAAUUCACGGUGCAGAACAGACUCGACGGCACGAUUCUAAGGCUGGGAAAUAACUGCGUGGCGUUCAUGUUCGAUGAGAUUCGCUACGAACUUGACGGCGUGGAGAUUGAUCGCAACAGAAAUGUUGGCAUAACCAGCACGCUCAAAAACUAUACGACGUUAUCACCCAAUAGAGCUCUAAUCCUGACCAAUGGCGGGUGGGACAUUGCGUAUCAACGUGUAGUGGAGGGAGAUUUCAACUUUUGCAUGCCUCUCAACAUGCUGCUAGGCUUUUGUGAGGAUUACAAACGCGUGAUGAUCAACGCUCGUCACGAACUGAUUCUGAUACGAUUGCGCAACGACAACAAUUGUGUCUAG